UCAAAACCAAAUGUUAAAUUCGAGCCAAUGGAAGAAAAAGAUUUUGAAGAUUUCACUCCUCAUAAAACUCCAUCGCAGCUGUCAGUUAGAACUACAAUCAACAUUGAUGAUUCUCCCGAUGGCAAAUACGGCACAGAAGGCACAACUGAAUCUGAAGAUGAAGGAACUGUAUAUUAUCCCAGAGCGCAUCGUCCAAAGAAAAAACAAUUUACUCCAGAGUCUCCUCCCAAAAAAUUACCUUUCAUUCGUUAUAAAAUAGAAUUAACUGAUUCUGAUGACGACGAUGAUGAUUACUUUAUACCCAUUAAACCUGCUUUACAUGAAAGUUUAGGAAAACGCAAUGCUUCGAGAUUUAGAGAACACGGAUAUAACGUGAAGCAUAAAAUUUUAGUAGGGAAUGACGGCGCAUCAAAAUAAUUAACGUGUCAUUUGGUUUAAUUGCUAUA